AUGGGGCUGCAGCCCCUGGAAUUCAGCGACUGCUACCUCGACAGCCCGUGGUUCCGGGAGAGGGUCCGCGCCCACGAAGUGGAGCUCGAGAGGACUAACAAGUUCAUCAAGGAGCUCAUCAAGGACGGCAAGAACCUCAUCGCGGCGACCAAGAGUCUUUCGGCAGCCCAGCGGAAGUUUGCUCACUCGCUCAGAGACUUUAAAUUUGAGUUUAUCGGCGAUGCGGAGACCGAUGACGAACGCUGCAUCGAUGCUUCCUUGCGUGAAUUUUCCAACUUUUUGAAGAACCUGGAAGAACAGAGGGAAAUCAUGGCAUUGAGUGUAACUGAAACCCUGAUUAAACCCUUGGAAAAAUUCAGGAAAGAGCAACUGGGAGCUGUAAAGGAAGAAAAAAAGAAGUUUGACAAAGAGACAGAGAAGAACUACAGCCUAAUUGAUAAACAUUUGAAUUUAUCAGCAAAAAAGAAAGACUCACAUUUGCAAGAGGCAGACGUCCAAGUGGAGCAGAACCGGCAGCAUUUUUACGAACUGUCUCUCGAAUAUGUGUGUAAGCUGCAGGAAAUCCAAGAAAGGAAGAAGUUUGAAUUCGUGGAGCCUAUGCUGUCAUUUUUUCAGGGAAUGUUUACUUUCUAUCAUCAGGGCCAUGAACUUGCCAAAGACUUUAAUCACUACAAAAUGGAACUGCAGAUCAACAUUCAGAACACUCGGAAUCGUUUUGAAGGAACGAGAUCGGAAGUGGAAGAGCUUAUGAACAAAAUCCGACAGAACCCCAAGGACCACAAGCGCGCCAGCCAGUUCACGGCCGAAGGCUACCUGUAUGUGCAGGAGAAAAGGCCUGCCCCAUUCGGGUCCAGCUGGGUCAAACACUACUGCAUGUAUCGGAAGGCGGCCAAGAAGUUCAACAUGAUCCCGUUUGAGCACAGAUCCGGUGGGAAACUGGGGGAUGGCGAGGUGUUCUUCCUGAGAGAAUGUACCAAGAGGCACACAGACUCCAUAGACAGAAGAUUCUGUUUUGACGUAGAAGUUGCUGACCGGCCCGGCGUGGCCCUGACCAUGCAGGCGUUUUCAGAAGAGGAGAGGAAGCAGUGGCUGGAAGCUCUGGGUGGAAAAGAAGCUCUGCUCCAUAGUUUUAAUAGAGCCAUCGUCCCAAGACCAGAAGGAAGUGCACAGUUGGAUAAAAUGGGAUUCACAAUUCUCAAAAAGUGCAUCAGUGCAGUUGAAACACGAGGUAUAAAUGACCAAGGAUUGUACAGAGUUGUGGGGGUGAGUUCAAAGGUCCAGAGACUUCUCAGUUUGUUGAUGGAUGUAAAAACCUGCAAUGAGUUGGACCUGGAGAAUUCUAGCGAGUGGGAAGUGAAGACAAUAACGAGUGCCCUGAAGCAGUAUUUGAGGAGUCUUCCGGAGCCUCUCAUGACCUAUGAGUUACACGGGGAUUUCAUUGUUCCAGCCAAAAGUGGGAGUCCAGAAUCUCGUGUUAAUGCUAUCCAUUUCUUGGUGCAUAAACUGCCAGAGAAAAAUAAAGAGAUGUUGGACAUCUUGGUGAAACACUUAACAAAUGUUUCAAACCACUCCAAGCAGAACCUGAUGACCGUGGCAAAUUUGGGAGUGGUGUUUGGACCAACUCUGAUGAGGCCACAGGAGGAAACUGUUGCUGCCAUCAUGGACUUGAAGUUCCAGAACAUUGUUGUGGAAAUCCUAAUUGAAAACUACGAAAAGAUUUUUCGGACACUGCCUGAUGCCACACCCCCUGAGUCAGUCUCACAGUCACCCCCAAAUGCUCCACCAAGACAAUCGAAGCGACAAGGCCAGAGGACCAAGAGACCUGUGGCUGUGUAUAAUCUCUGUCUUCAACUGGAAGAUGGGGACAGCCCUAACCCUUCAAAGGAGGACACGCCCACCAGCAGUCUGGACUCACUUUCCUCCCCGUCUCCCACGACGGCCACUGUCCAGGGGCUCCCUGGGCCAGACAGAAACCACCUAGUCGCUGACGGGGACUGGGCAUCCACUGCCGCAAGCCAGACCCGACCACCGAUGGUCCAGUGGCUUAACCCACAGUCUCCGACCGCACUGAGCUGCAGCCCAGCUGCUACCCCUCCUUCACCCAAGUUGUCACCUUUCCUUUCCUGUCCUCCUGCCGCCCCAGCAGACAAGCCACCGGAAAGCGUUACCAGUCGGAAGGCUCGAGCGGUGUAUCCGUGUGAAGCAGAGCACAGCUCCGAGUUGUCGUUCGAAAUAGGAGCGAUUUUUGAAGAUGUACAAACCUCGAGGGAACCUGGCUGGCUAGAAGGGACUCUGAAUGGCAAGAGGGGGCUGAUUCCACAGAAUUACGUCAAGCUGCUCUAG